UACGAUGGAUGGUCUGUACAUUUUGUUGAUUUUUGUUUUCACAUCAGUGGAGUUAUUUUUGACACAGGGACUUCGUCUCCCACUUCCGAAAGAUAUCGAAGGCGAAGAAAUCGGAGAGGUCGUUGUAAACAUUAGAGAAGAUGGCGCGCGAUAUCGACGUUCAGCGGACGGAGUGACGGUUCCCGCCAAAAAUAUGGAAAUCGCAUUCACACUCAAUGAAAGUCUGGUUGACUUACAUUUAAAAAGAAAUGAAGAAAUUUCAGCAAAUGUGCCAAUUUAUACAAUGAAUCGACAAGGAACUGUUGAGGCUGAGCACAUACAGGAUAGAAAUAAUGUUUUCUUCUAUCAAGAUGAGCAAAAAUUCGCAGCUUUUUAUGUGGAGACCGCGGGCUCAUCCAACUGCCUCUUCGGUAGCUUUGAAGAUCACAACAACGAAUUCUUCCUGGAACCAAAAGACCUUGACUGCAUGGAAUCAACUAACAACAACCGAUCAGUUUUCAGAGUUCUGAAAAUCAAGCAUGAGGGAUUUCAGUACUCUGACAAUAUCAAAAUGGAAAACCGGACUUAUCAGCCGUCACCUGAUAAAAACGGGUACUUGGACGUGAAGCGCUCAGUGGCAGAGUACAAGAUAGAAAUGCUGCUCAUUAUUGACUAUUCUAUAUACAAUUAUUGGUUCACACAGAGCACCGGCUCCAGCACUGCGGCGAAGGACACGGACGCCAAGUACAACAUCAGACAGUACUACGCCUGGGUCAUCAACGGGAUGGAUGUGAGAUACAAAAAUAUCCAGUCCUCGGCAUACACCAUUUCAAUUCUAUUUGGAGGAAUCUUCAUCGCUGAUAAUAUUGGAAAAUCUAGCUUUACUGAACCGUUUAAAGAUUCCUCGAGUCCGAGACCCGGAGUGGAGGCUAGUCCAGUGUUAAACAACGUCACAAACUGGGUACAGAAUACUGCUGGUCUCCCGGCACACGACCACGCGAUGAUGUUUACAAGGUACGACCUGAAAAGUCAAGGAUCCAGCAGCACUAAAGGCUUGGCUUGGGUAGCAGUGGUCUGUGAAUCGCAAAGUGUUUCUAUCGUUGAGGACGACUUCAACUUUGUUAUACUCACGGUCGCUGCACAUGAAUUGGGUCACAGCCUGAGUGCAUCUCAUGACGGAGACGGCAAUGGUUGUUCGGGUAAUGACGCUUACAUAAUGGCUGCUAGUGUUGGUGUUCCUGUAAAUACAAACCCUUGGAAAUUUUCAACAUGUUCGAUCAAUUACUUCACCACCUAUAUCGCCAGCUUAAUCUCAAAGGGGUCGAAUUGUCUGACGUCAUUGAGUUCAAACUUUGACCCAACGGCUCUGAAACAGUUCACCAGUUUACCAGGUCAAGUCUAUGACGUUGAUGCCCUCUGUAAAAAUCUUAUGGGCCCUCAAUCAUCGUUUUGCAAAUUUCCAUACAAAGGAGAUUACACAACUCUGUGUCUCUCUCUGUGGUGUUACAAGACGGAUGGUAGCGGGAGUUGUUCCGGUUUCACUGGAGUGGACGGUCUCCAAUGCGGAAAUAAGAAGAGGUGUCAGACGGGAGUGUGUACCUAUGAUGUUUGCGCUCCACAAAAAGAUGAAUCCUGUUUAUUUGGAGAUGACACUGGUACUGUAGUCACUUUUAACACUGGCGUAACGAAGACAUGUGCUGAUGUUUCGUCAGAACCCUCCUUAUGCUACUAUGAGAGUGUCCACAAAGGCUGCUGCCAGACAUGCCCUCGAUAUCACACUGGCAGAGCAGGAUGUGAAUACGGCGAUAGGGUAUCUGGUUGUACAUCGGGGCACUGUCCCAAGUAUAAAGAUACACAGUGUUGUGGACUUUGUUAUUCUGGACCAGUCAUCACUACAACGACGGUACAGGCCGAGGACACGAACCCUUGUCAAAACUAUACCCUCAAAACGUCAACGGCGGCAACAUUCACAGGUAUUACAGAUUCACCAAUAAGCAACAUUUCCUCAACCGCCAACACGAAAACAAUGUCCUCAACAUCGACAGUAGAUAAAACUACGAUGAUCACCAUAUCAAACGAAGUAACAUUCAAGUUUGUUUUACGGAUGGAUAUUAUUGUUGCAGAAGAUCUUUCUAAUAGCACUCAAUAUUCUAUUGUUAAGGACAAAGCACAGUAUGCAUUGACUGAUCUCUACAGAAAAAGACUUGGAAACAGCUUCAAAAGUUGCAGCGUAACAAAUCUACGAAAAGGAAGUCUCGUCGUCGAUUAUAGAGUGUUCACUAAGAAUAGUCCGUCCGCUACAGAGAACAUGCUUUCAAUUAACCAGGAUAUUUUGACUGGCAAAGCUAACGUAACGUACGACGGCAAAGAUGCCCCAGUGUCAUCUAUGUCUUUCUUUGAUUCAUCAGGAAAAGCCGUGAAUUUGACUAGUACGACCACUGCCUGUGCACUGUUGGAGGCCAGUAAGCCAUGUCAGUCAGGGUCAGAGUGUGUGGAAGAAGGGAAUGGGCCAGUAUGUCGUGCUGUGUCCACAGAAAAAGGAAACGAUUUACUACUGAUGAUGGCGGUAAUUAUUGGUGCUGCAAUAGUGUUCGUUGUCAUAGUGGCUGUUACCAUGUACUUCGUGUGUAGAAGAAAAGAAACUGGACAGAAACCACAAGAGGGAAGCUUGCCAUAUUAAAGAGACAUGUAUUAAAAUGUGUAUGGAUGAAAAAAAAAACCACUUGGAGAAAAAUGUUUGAUUGUAAAAUGUCAAGCGUAUAUACUAGACUAAGUAUUGUGUUAAGGUUUACGAAUACAUCUGAUUAAACAACUUAUUUAUAACACGUCUGUUAUAAAAGAAAGGAAAGUUGUUUGUAAUAUAAUCAACUUUACAUCAAUCAAUGCUUGGAGCGAUUAUAGAUCUGUGAAGAAAUUUCAUACUCAAUGUUGUUAUACAUAUUUAUUUUCUGUAUGAUUUGCAAACAACAACUAUAUCAUGUUAAGUUGUCAAAUCAGAAAUACAUUGCAUUCUAUGUGUUCAAAAUUGCUAUUUCAUGUUUAUAAUACUUUAUUGUUUUAACUUUGUUAAAAAAUGCAAAACCAUUUUGCUGAUUUUUUUUUUUUAAUUUAGUUAAAACUUUGCAAUACAAGACACAUCUUCACAACGUCAAGGUUUU